AAAAAUGAAAAGAAAAUUAAAGGACCUCCAGUCCUGCAGAGCUGCACUCCUGCAGUUUACACCGAUCGUGAAUUUUCCUCGCUUCCUCAAAGAAAAAAAAUCCUCUCUUUAUUUACCUCCUUUCAACUUCUUUGCACUCUUGUUGUUCUUGUCGCUCGAUGCUUCUUCUACACGUUGUUGCUUCUCUGCACUGAACGCACCACCGGCUGCGCCGCCUCCAUCAACCACUAUAACUCUGCAAUUCAGUAUUGCUCUUCUCUUCUAUUCUCUUUAAUGGGUUUUGGAGGAAAUCAGACUGGGGCUAGAGUUGAAUGACUUCACUAUGCAGAAACGACGGCUUGCACACAUGCGUUUCUAAAGGAAGCUUUAUAACUAUGAGCAUGUGGACUCAUCUGUUAUCUUUGAGACGCUAUACUUGAUUCUUGUUUUUGGCCAUGGUACUGCUAAGGCACAACAUGGCAUGGAAUCUCAACUUCGUGGAUUUGCGAAAGAUUGAUGGAGUUACUGCAGUUGUAUACAAUGGAAAACCUCAAACUCCGGAAGUGGUUGUUGAUGAAACCUGGUUUUCUGAUCCAAAUCUCUGUAGGAAAACAAAGGUUGAAUUGCUUGAUCCUGCUUUGAAGGGAACAUUUAUUGUUCUCAAUGCCUGUGCAAAAGUCCCAUCAAUAAAAAGAGUGGUGCUGACAUCUUCAAUUGCAGCAGUUGUAUACAAUGGAAAACCUCAAACUCCGGAAGUGGUUGUUGAUGAAACCUGGUUUUCUGAUCCAAAUCUCUGUAGGAAAACGAAGGAUCAAGAUGAUGGAUUAGAUCUGAUAGAAAACGAAGAUCAAGUUGAUAUUGAGAAUCAUGCACACAUAAGGGAAAAUAUUUGAAGAUGAAAAGAUAGAAGACAUUUAGUUUUUUCAGCUACUUUCCUGUCAGACGGCCUGAUGCUCACGCGUCUGUCAGACCAUUUGUUUGCCCACGCGCGCGUGAGUUCACGCGCAGUAUAAAUCCUUUUAUUUUCUCUCUCCUCUCAUUCCUCUCCUGCAGCGACUCAACCUUUCUCCCUCCUCUUCGUUUCCUCCGUUCUAGAUUUUCUCCUCUCCUCUCUGCACUCAUCUCUCUUUGCCGGAGACAACACCAUUUGUGCACCAGAAAUCCACGGAGCUCCUCUCCUCGUUUCUCUGCUUAAAAGCCAAAGAAAAUCAGACGAUGGAGGUGCGACAGUGGUGUGCGGCUGCUACAUCGAUCUUUCCGCCCUCACACUCGCCAAUUUGUCGGCGAUCUCUCCUCCCAGCUACCGGAGAUGUCAAGAAGAUCCGUCGUUUCCGUUUCCGUUUCUUUGAGAUUAUGAAUAAGACCUGCACUGUGGUAGCUUCCUCUACUGGUUAGAGCCCAAGGGCUUGUUAAGGCUCAACGCGUGAGGAUGGCUUUGGAAGGACGGGAUGAAUCGAGAUCAGUCAAUAAUCUUCAAGUUGAUCCUGUUAAAGAAGCUGAGGAACGAUGGUGUGACAGUAGAUGAAGCGUUGACAAAAUCACGACAAAGCUGCAGUCAAGGCAAGUAGCAGCUAUAAAGAGACAGAGGGCAGUUUCAUACGCCACCACUCAACAUCAAUUCAGAGGCAGCCCCAAUUUAAACCCUGGGAAGAACAAACCAUUUACCACUACUCGGCCUCUAGAACUUGAUAAGAACAUCUUUGGUUGGAGUUGGUUGGAUCGUUGGAUGGCUAGCAAACCAUGGGAAAGUAGGUUGUCACAGGCUUGCUUGGUUGUGAUGCCUUUCCAAGAGAAGUAUGAUUUUUAGGACUAGGACUUGUCAUAGGCUUGCUUGGCUGUGAUGCCUUCAACACAUCAUUGGUAGAGGAUUAUCUACAGUUGAUGGGGGGAUGGCAUUUUUUGGUCUUAGAGAUUGAGAGCAUUCUAGGAAUUGAUUUGUAUUGUUAAGUGUACUUAUUGAUUUAUUUUUGUAAUGAUUAAGUUGGUUUUAGUUAAGAGUAAGUUAUUUUUAGUUUAACUUUUGUUAUAUUUAGUUAUGAAAUAAAAUACUCCGUACCUGAGUUA